AGCGGUGCUAAUGUUUUGGUGACGUCUGGAGAGGAAAACAGCCAGUGAGUGGGCUGGGCUGGAUCCCUGCUUUCGGUUAUUUUACACUCCGAAUAACGCUGCUAUGAAUAAAUGAGCCUCCAUUGUGGAUAUUUGGAUAUCCGAGAAUGAGCUAGAAGCCGUAUCUUUGCCAGCACAGGGAAACAUGGGUCCUGGCAGUUUCCACGUCCUUCUGCUGCUCCUUCUGCAGGCACUGCAGGCAUCAGCCGAGGACUCAGAUGUUCAACUGGAGUGUCUUUGUGAGGGAAGCACAUGUUCCGAGGCCACCCGAUGUCACGGCGCCCGCUGCUUCUCCUCGCUUAUAAAGGACAGCAGAGGGAUGGUGUUGGAACGAGGCUGUUUUGAGGGGGAGGAGAAGAUCCGCAUGCAUUGCUCCACAACUCCAUCAGCCCUUCAGGUCAUCAACUGCUGCUCCCAGGUCCUGUGCAACGCAAACACCACGAGGGCGUCCCUCGAGUCACUUCUUCCAUCAGCCCCUGAGGAGAAACCUGUCCGGUAUCAGGUGGAGACGUUGGCUCUGUUUGUGCUCGCCCCGGUGGUUGUUCUCGUUCUGCUCUCUGUGGUGUCAAUUCUGGCCUGUAGGAGGCUCCAUCAUGGCCGCCUCCAGAGGCUGCAAGAGUUCGACACGGAGCAGGGAGACGGUCUCAUCACCUCCAAUUUGGGAGAUGGCACUUUAGCUGACCUUUUGGAUCACUCGUGCACAUCAGGCAGUGGUUCAGGUCUUCCUUUCCUAGUCCAGAGAACAGUAGCCAGGCAGAUAAGUCUGGUGGAGUGUGUCGGUAAAGGGCGUUACGGAGAAGUCUGGCGAGGUCAGUGGCAAGGAGAAAAUGUUGCUGUGAAAAUCUUUUCCUCUAGAGACGAAAAGUCUUGGUUCAGAGAGACGGAGAUCUACAACACUGUGCUGUUGCGUCAUGACAACAUUCUGGGAUUUAUGGCGUCUGACAUGACGUCUCGAAACUCCAGCACUCAGCUGUGGCUCAUCACCGAAUACCAUGAAAACGGUUCGCUCUACGACUACCUGCAGCGAGUGGCGGUGGAGACAUCGGAGGGCCUGGCGAUGGCGGCGUCGGUAGCCAACGGCCUGGUGCACCUGCACACAGAGAUCUUUGGCACUGAGGGCAAACCGGCCAUCGCACACCGAGACCUAAAAACCAAGAACAUCCUGGUGACCAAGGAGCUGCGCUGCUGCAUUGCAGACCUUGGGCUGGCUGUGACCCACACCCAGGCUGACAACCUGCUGGAUGUGGGCAACAAUCCGAAGGUUGGCACCAAACGUUACAUGGCGCCCGAAGUGCUGGAUGAAACCAUUCAAACCGACUGCUUCGACGCUUACAAACGGGUCGACAUAUGGGCCUUUGGACUGGUGCUGUGGGAGAUAGCGAGGCGCACCUACAGCAACGGCAUCGUGGAGGAGUACAAACCCCCCUUCUACGAUCAGGUGCCAAACGACCCCAGUUUCGAGGACAUGAGGAAAGUGGUGUGCGUGGAGCAGCAGAGGCCUUUCAUCCCUAAUCGCUGGUUUUCAGACCCUACACUCUCUGCUCUGGUUAAACUGAUGAAGGAGUGUUGGUACCAGAACCCCUCAGCCAGACUCACAGCAUUACGCAUCAAGAAGACCCUUGACAAGAUCCACAGCUCCCUGGAGAAGGGCAAGGAGUCAUGAAACAGAGGCGCCUGCAUGACGUCAGAGAGCGACUUCAACAUGAGCUUGGGUUUAGUUGAAACAAGAGAAAAUCUGAAGGAUGGAUGGGAACGUUUCUGCCCUUCUCUUACCCUUCCUUAUCUGUGGUUGCCUUCCACCAACAUCCCUCCGUUUGACUUAAAGCCCAUACAGACGUUUGGAGUCGUCUCGUCUACAAAAAGCAGCAGAGGCUGCAGGACUGAGCAAGUUGCCAUUGUUGGACUGUUACAGAGUGUGAGCGGUUGGCAUAUUAUAGCACCCAAUCACACUGCUUUCAAUGCACAUUUAUAGACGGCCAUGGGUUGGGCCCUCCUACACACCAAACACUACAUACCGAGUGAAUCCUUGCUGUUCAGUAUCUGAUCUCCAGCCAGCAUUUCUUUUUAUUUAUUUAUUUUUUUUGGGGCAUGCGAAUGUGGCAUUCUGCUCAGAGACAAUCAGAUUGACUUCACUCAUUUAGCUUUAUUAUAACAAGCCAACAAAUAUUCAACAUCUUCACUUAUUAAAGGAAGAAGAGCCAAUAGAAUCAAACUCUUUAGUCCUUUUUAAAAAAAAACAAAAGGAAAAAAAAGAUAUUUAUGUAUUGAACCUCCACUGUUACCGCACUACUGAGGACCUAUGUAAGACUGAUGUUUGAUAUGUGCAAGUGAUUGUAAACGUAUAUUAAUGCUAUCGGACUGUAACCGUUGCUACAAAGUAGGAAUCUGUUGAGAAAAUGAAGGAAAAAGGUUUAACCUUUAUGUUGAAAACCAGGACGACACACAGAGGUUUAAAUGACCAGGCUGAUUGGGAUGAAUGUGAGAUUUUAAUAGGAGACUCUUAAUGGUUUUUCUGAAUCGCUCUGUUGAUGAUGGAAUGAUCAGACAACACACGACUUCAUAUAUUUUUAGGAACCAAAUUUAAGUGUUUGAUUUUCUCUUCUCCACACAGGCUCAAAUGUAUCCAUCCAGCAUAAGGGGGAAAAUACUCCUGCAAGCUGCACUUUGAACACUUCAUAUUGUAUGGAUGAUUUGUUUAAAUUGUUUUUUUUUCCCUGUCAGAGAGACGGCGCGCAGGCAGAGUCCUUCUAGUUUAAUUAAGGUUGAUCUGGGCCAUUCAAAAGCAAUGCCUGAUUUAUUCAUCUAAAAAACAUUUCUUCAUAAGGAAUUGAGCUUCGUUUUUUUUUUAUACUUGGAGACAUUUUAGUCAAUGAUGAACUUUUUUUUUUUUUGUUCUUAAUGACUAGUGAUGUCCCAAUCUGAUAUCAACAUUGGAUGUCAGUCCAAUAUAGUCCAAAAACACUAAUACCAGACUAUGUUAGCCUGUAUCAAAAAUCUCUGACAGUUGACUAUAGAAACACUACCCUCAUGUUUAGUUAAUGUAACAUAUAGUUAGAAUCUCUGAUCUUGUUUUACACAACAAAGUGUGUAAUUAAAAUAUGAUUGGUGCUGAUAUUGUGUCGGUUAAUAUGGUCUAUACUAAAAGCUGCAAUAAUGGUAUCAUAUAGAAAAUGAAAUAGUUGUAUUGGGACAUCCCUAUUCAUAAGUCAGGGGUUUGAUAAAGGUCAGUGACCUCUUAUGUGGUCAGACUAAUAUCAAGUUCCUGGACAUGCAGAAAUCAAUCAACUAAUUUAAAUAUGUUCUAUAUCUUUCUAAAAACAGGCUCAAAUAUAUUUAACUGGUCUUUGCCUGAAUCUGGCAAUGGAUUGAAAAAGCAUGAGAUCAUGUGCUUAAAGGCAUCCGUGCAAACAUUUUAUGUUGGAGAGACAGAGCCUGAAUGCCUGGUACUUAUUUCACCAACAUUCACUGCAGUAAACAGUUCCUUGUGAAACUCUCAUCACAUACGGCUGACAACGCAAUAAUCAUACAUUUGUUUUUAUAUCGUGGAUGUAUAUUUAUAUUGGAGCAUGCAUGUAUACUUUUGACUGCGCGUGGAUUAGAGAAAAGAGAAUCUAAACAUCAUCUUUCUGCCCUAUAAAUAAAAUAAAAAAUAAAUCCACCCAGGCAAAAAAAAAAAAAGGUAUAGGUGCUAAUGUUUUAAUGAAGAAUCUCCAUCGCGCCCUGCUUUGCAUACUUGAUUAGCUUUGGGAAACGCUUCCCCUUUAUCAGAGAGGAAUAGACCGAUCCACGGUCGUUUGAUCGGUUCUUUCGUUUUCCUGACAGCAGCUAAACUUUAAAGUAGCCUCGGGGUCGUCUUG